AUGUUAUCUUUUGUAUACAUUAUUACGUGUUGUGCCUUUCUUGUGAAUCAAAGUGAAUCAGCCCGAAUAUUGGCAAUGUUUCCCGUAGCUUCCAUAAGUCACCAAGUAGUGUUCCGACCUUUAACCCAAGAACUAGCCAGAAGAGGUCAUGAAGUGACAGUUAUAACUCCAGAUCCUGCCUUUCCCAAAGAUGAAGCACCAGCUAAUCUAACAGAAAUUGAUGUUCAUGAUAUUUCUUACGAACUAUGGAAUAGUAUAUUCCUUGAUACGAGAAAGGAUAAUAAAGGUAAUGUGAUUUUUGCUAUUAAGAAGAUUUAUGAAGCUAUAACAGCUAUAGUCGAUGCGCAGUUUCAAGAUGAAAGAGUAAGAAAUAUUAUAGACGAUAAAAGUAAACAAUUUGAUCUUAUAUUGGUUGAAGCAAUGGUGCGACCAACAUUGGUGUUAUCUCAUAUCUUUAAAGCACCACUGAUUCAAAUCAGUUCUUUUGGUGGAGUAAUAGAUACAUAUGAGAAUAUGGGUGCUUCUAUACAUCCGUUUCUCUAUCCAUCAAUAACUAGACAGCGACUUCAUAACCUAUCUCUACUAGAAAAAAUAAAUGAAUUAUACAGCUAUUAUCAGAUUAAUAGAAUAUACAAAAAUAAUGAAGUAAAUGAGAAUAAAGUGCUUAGAAAGAAUUUUGAAGAUCAAGUGCCAACAAUUGCUGAGUUGAAAAAUAAUGUCGACAUGUUGUUUAUCAAUAUUAACCCAAUCUUUGAAGGUAUAAGACCAGUACCUCCAUCUGUGAUUUAUAUGGGAGGCUUACAUCAGAAGCCAAAUAAGGAUUUACCAGCGCUCCAGUCGUAUUUAGACUCUUCAAAAACUGGAGUAAUUUAUAUAAGCUUUGGGUCAAACGUGGAUCCUACUCUGCUACCAGCUGAUCGGAUUGAAGUUCUCGUAAAAACAUUGUCUCAGAUGCCACACGAUGUUCUAUGGAAAUGGAACGGUGAUAUUCUGCCUGGACGCACGGAUAAUAUUAGGAUCGCAAAAUGGCUGCCACAACAGGAUUUACUUCGGCAUCCAAAAAUAAAACUUUUCAUAACCCAAGCUGGCUUACAGUCAACUGAUGAAGCAAUAUCAGGUGGAGUACCCAUGAUAGCUUUUCCUAUGUUUGCUGAUCAACCGUACAAUGCAGAGAAAUAUGAAUUCUUCAAGAUUGGAAUAAAGUUGAAUUUGGAUAAAGUCACUGUGGAGCAGUUUACGAAUGCCAUUAAAACUGUUAUUGAGGACAAAAGUUAUAAAAAGAACGUGGAAAAGUUGCGCAGUGUGAUUUACGACCAGCCUCAAUCUCCUCUAGAGCGCGCCGUGUGGUGGACGGAGCACGUGCUGCGUCACGGCGGCGCGAGAAAUCUGCGUGGACCUGCAGCCAACAUGUCGUGGGCAGAGUACCUCGAACUAGAAUUAGUGUUCACCUUACUAUUAGGGCUGUUCGUAUUUCUAUUAACUUUGGUUUAUUUCAUACGUGUUAUUGUUAAAGCUAUUUUCUCAAGUAUUGUAUCCACGCCUAAAGUUAAAAAGAAUUGA